UUAGACUUUUAUUAUUAUUCUAUCCUCGCACCGUCUGACUAAGAUCACGGUACCAAUUUCAGCUGCCUUCCACCCUGCCUGCCCCCACAUGCAGGUAUCGCGGCCUCGAAAGCUACAGCGUCUCCUCCGAGGAGAACCGCGUGGACUUGCAGGCGGCGUUUGGAGUGGUCAUGCGCCGUGCCGCCUCGCCAACCAGGGGUUCCCGGGAUGUGUACCAAAUAAGGCUGGACGGACAUGCUUCUCACACACUUAGUAAACGAGUAUGCGACAGGGCUGCGAGGCCAUGUUGGUGGAGGACGUGAAUAGAAUGCCUUACGCCCGACGCGUCCGUCGCCAACCGCGCGAAGGUAUAUCUAUCGCCUGGGUAGCCUGGGAUCGUCGAGUCAACUUCCCAGCACAACCACAAUCGAGCCACCCGCACAACAGCAGCUCCUCCUUACUCCCUCCUACUCUCAUCUCAACACAUAUUUCCAACAUGCCUGGCUCCCGAAGCGCAGCGCCUAUGCGCAACCUCUCCUCCAGCGAGCAGGCUCGCCGUGUCGCCGUCUCUGCCCGCAGCAAGCUCCUCCGCGAAGUCGGCAAAGGCGACAUGAACUUGCGCGUCUUGAUCGGCCACGCCAACCUCCUCGACAGUUACAUGGGCUCCUGCACCAUCUCCACGCCUCAGAAGCAACAAGUAUCCGUCACCACCAAGCAGCCCAACUACUACGACGAAGACAGCGAUUCCAGCUCCGACCCCGAAUACUACGAUGACACCGACUCGGAUGAUGACUCCUACGACGAAGACAACGACGUGUUCGAGAUGGAACAGAUCGAGCAGGUCGAGGACAUCAGCCAAUCACCGGGCCUGGUUCGAUCACGAAACCGUCCCCUUGUCAAGCAUGCACCCGUCCAUGCUCCACCUCGGAUGGUCAACAACUCCACUCGCGCGAAGCCGGCGCAGACCCGGCAGCUCGAGGUAGUAGUGGAGGUCGGCGACAUGUCGGACGAGGAGCAAGCUCCAGCAGCCUGCAACCCGAAGCGACCCGGUCGCAAGGAGGACGCGCAGAAGUCUCGCAAAUCCGCCUCCUCCUCCUCCGCCAGCAGCCGGCGUGACCACCCCCCAGCAACCCAGCACACGAAGCUGCCGCACUCGCGGGCCGGGACGGGCGCGCGCCCGCAAAUGCUUGUCUCUGUCACCGCCUGAGCUCUCCUUUUCAAUUUCCGGCAACGAUCGCCGAUAUUCAUUCUCCAGCUUCUUUCGCCUUACGAAGAAUUGCUUCUUGAUUACUUAGCGUGGCGCUUUUUGGGCGUUGAUGAUUCAGCAGAUACCAGAUGACUGCUGGUGCUGAUGCUGACGCCGUUUGGAUUUCGGCGAGUCUCUCGGAAAGACUUUUGGGAAUGGGAACAUGGGCAUCACUUUGACAUGGCGAAUCGGGGCUUGAUACAAAGGUGGAAAAAAGUAACUUGAUGUAUCGAUGUAAAUGCUGUAUCACUUGUCCAAAACAU